AUGUUAGAAAAAAAGUUUGCUGACAUUGACAAAAAAUUUGAGAAUGUUUUAAACAAGAACAAGAGGAAGUUAGAAAAUGCUCAGAUAAAGCCUAUACAUGACAAGUUCUUAUUUGCUCAGAAUGGUAUAACAGGUCUAAUUGCACCACCUGGGUCGGGUAAGACUUUCACUUAUCUUAAAAUGGCUGCACAACAACAAGAACUAGAUGAGAAGAACCCAUUCUAUGAGUUAGUUGUCAUUUGUAGUACUUCUGGUCAAUUUGACCAAACCGUCAAUUCGUUCAAAGAUAUUAUAAAGAAGUCUAAGUUAGUAUGUAUAAAAGACUCUGAGUUGUUAGAUUGGAUAAAGAAGUACCAAAGAAGAGUUUUGA